AUGCUACUCAAGCAUUCAAACCAUUCCAUCGAAGUGUCUCUUGGUGCUGAAGCUAUUCUUCAUGCAACCAAGUUAGCCAACAGCUUUGCCGACGAACUCUUGGCCAUUACCAGUGAGAUUGAGCUCGUUGCUCUGUUCGUGCAUUACUGCAGCACGCGCAAUGCUGCCACGGCUCUUGCGACAUUUGAAUUCUUUGCAAAGAAUUUUCUCCAAGACCGCAGCGUUUACUCUGUCAUCGGCGACCUCGGCCUUGAUGAGGAGCAGGCACGCAAUGUGCUCAAGGGCUAUUACUCCGUGUGGUCACUUACUGAGCCCCACGGUAGCCUCUGUAUCCCCUCGACGCUGCCUGCUCUAUUUUCGGAUCCAGAUGUCAACCUGAUGGCACUGAUUGGCGGCCAGAGUGGAAGCGGCACCAAUGUCGACGAGGCACGCCGGCUCCUCGAUGUCUUUCGCCCUCUGGUCACCGACUAUCUCACCAAGAUGUCAGCGUUUCUUGAUAACGAAGCGCACGACUCUCGCGUCUCUAUUCUCUACGAGCACGGCUUUGAUGUGCUCAAGUGGUGCACCUAUGCUGAGUUGCAGCCAUCGCAUGGCUACCUAACUAGAGCAUCGGUGGAACUUCCGCUCGCUGGGCUGCUCCAGCUCAUGCACGUAAUGAUCUUGUACAAGACAUUGGGCAUUAACCCCGGCGACCUGACCAGGCACUUCAAAGUCGUGGUCGGGCACAGCCAGGGAACCGUCCCUGCUACCCUUUUUGCAUCAGUGUCGGAUGAGGAAUCAUUCUACGCACUCUCGGAGAAGGCUCUUGGCAUUCUUUUCCUCUGUGGUGCCAUUCCUGAUCUGGAGUGCCCUGAUGUCGAGGUUGAUCUAGCGCUCACUGAUGAGUCUAUUUCCAACGAAGGUCCGCCAUCACCGAUGGUGUCAAUUCGUGGCAUAGCCAAGGACCAGCUCAGCAGAUUCAUUACCGAGUUUAAUGAACGCAGCACAGGCACUGUUGGGCCCGUCUAUCUGUCGCUUGUAAACACCAACAACCGGAUAGUUGUUUCUGGUAGUGCGCGUUCAGUUGCGGUGUUUGUCCAGUGGCUGCGCAGUAAAUGCGCACAACACAGCGAUGAUCAGUCGCAUAUCCCGUACUCGCAGCGCAAGCCUAUUGCCAGGAUGACCUUUCUGAGCAUUAGCCAGCCGUACCACUGUGACAUCCUUCUACCCGCCAUCGGCCACCAGCUUUCGUAUGCUGCGGAGAAGGGCUGGGUGUUUGACGCUGCCGACCUGAGGACUGAGACUCGUGCCACCAACGACGGCCACGAUUUGCGCCAUGAGCCUGAUCUUACUAGCUACUUGGUGAGAAGCAUCUGCGAACACACUGUCGACUUUCCUGCAGCCAUUGGGACCCCUAUGUCAACUCAUAUCGUCGACUUUAGUCCUGAUGGAUUCAGCGCUUUUGGCACUUUUGCUCACUCAAUUCUUGCGGGCCGGGGCAUCUCGGUAAUCUCGACCAGCGCACUAACAGCAGGCAGUUCGCCGCUUGGAGCCAAGGCCGAGCUAUUCAAGCAGAAUAUCGCUGAAGUCAUCCAGGCACCCAACUGGCAGAAGCAGUUUGCCCCACGACUUGUGCGCACCAAGCACGAUGGCCGGCUGCACCUGGACACGCCGAUGCACCGUAUUCUCGGGCAGCCACCGCUCAUGGUUGCAGGCAUGAUGCCGACCACUGCCAACGAGCAUUUUGUUGCGGCUGUCAAGAACGCCGGUUAUCAUGCCGAGCUGGGCGGAGCAGGCAUCUACAGCAAGCAGAUGCUGGGGCGCAUGGUUGACAAUUUGGUACUGGAGACAGCGCCUGGCCAGGGUAUCACGCUGAACUGCAUAUACUUCAACCAGCGCCUAUGGAACUUCCAGUAUGCUGAGAUACUUCGUCUGCGCAGUGAGGGGUAUCCAAUUGCUGGUGUGUGCAUCGGCGCAGGUGUGCCGUCGCUGGAGGUGACCAGUGAAAUCAUUGGCAGCUUCCGCAACGUGGGGAUUCGGCAUGUCGCUUUCAAGCCUGGCACUGCAGCAGCCAUCCGCCAAGUCCUCCAGAUUGCACGGGCAAAUUCUGACUUCCCAGUCAUUCUGCAGUGGACUGGUGGCCGUGGUGGUGGGCAUCAUUCGUGCGAGGACUUCCAUGAGCCAAUUCUGGACACGUAUGCAAAGAUUCGUGCCCUGAAUAACGUCGUUCUGGUUCUGGGUUCGGGAUUUGGCGACGCUGAAGGCACGCUUCCGUAUCUCACUGGCAACUGGAGUCUCAAAUAUGGCUGUGCGCCAAUGCCUGUUGACGGUUUCUUGGUAGCUUCGCGUGUUAUGAUUUCCAAGGAGGCAAAGACGUCGACGGCUGCAAAGGAAUUGAUCGCCCGGGCUUCAGGCCUUGCCAACAGCGAAUGGGAGAAGACCUAUUCCGGUGCGCAUGGAGGGGUUGUCACCACAUUCUCAGAGUACGGCGAGCUUAUGCAUGUUAUUGCAACACGGGGUGCCAUCUUUAUCAAGGAGCUACAUGAAACCGUUCUUUCCAAGCCUCGUGAGGAGCAGCCAAAACUGCUCAACGCCAGAAAGGACUACAUUAUCCAGCGCCUGAAUUCGGAUCAUGUUCGUCCCUGGUUUGGCCAGAAGGCUGAUGGGAGUACCUGUGACCUCGAAGAGAUGACAUACAUGGAGGUGGCUAGCCGGCUUGCUGGGCUUCUUUACGUCAAGCACCAGCAGCGCUGGAUUGACCCAUCGUAUCUCGACCUGUUUUCCACCUUUCUUCGGCAUGCUGAGAACCGGUUUACUAAGGCGUCGGUCUGUUACGAGGUCCAGUUUUUGGAUGAGGUCGGUGAUCCAAAUGAGCUGGUCAACCAUUUUGCCACGAAGUAUCCUGCCAUUGCCACCACCGUUAUUUCUUCUGAAGAUGUCCAGUACUUCUUGCACAGCUGCAGGCGGAGAGGUAUGAAACCCGUUCCAUUUAUUCCUCUCUUUGAUGAGGACUUUGCGGUGUGGCUGCUGAAGGACACCUUCCGACAGUGUGAGGAUGCCGACGCGCUGGUUGACCAGGAUAUACAGCGCACGUUCAUCCUGCAUGGCCCGUUGUCUGCGCGCUAUUCUACUAAGGUCGAUGAGCCAGUCAAAGACAUCCUCGAUGGGAUCUACGAUGGCCAGACAUCAGCCUUCCUUGAUUGGUACUAUGGUGGUGACAAGUCGAGGGUCCCUGUCGUGGAGUACAUUAGCCCAUCACUGCAGCGGAGUGUUUCGCCAUGCACGGUUCCUCGCAAAGUCUUGGAUGACAGGAGUGUUUAUUACCUACCAACCAGGGAUGCUGAGUUACCUGACCUCGAUUCGUGGGUUACUGAACUCGUUGGGACACGGGAAGAUUGGCUUCACGCAUUGCUAACAUCCGCUACCAUAGUUCAGGGGCUGAAAUAUGCUGACAACCAUGUGCCCAGAAUAGUUCGUCCACGUCCUGGCCAGGUCGUCACACUGUUUGUCGAAUCUGGGGCUGCAUCACGGCUAACAAUUUCCCAGCCUGGUCUUGCAUAUCCCGAGGUCGAAUUGCGCAUAGACGAAAGCAGUGUCAUUACGGUGUGCGUCAAUCAUGCCACCCUGGACAAAAUCUACCCCUGGGAGCUGAACUACAGGUAUCGUCCGGAUAUGCCAUCAGCCAUGAUACACGACGCAAAUAAAGGCCGCGACAGCCAAUUUUGCCUCAUUCCGCUCCAUGGGGCCAAGCACAGCACCGAAUGCCAUCAAGAUAAUGUCCUCGGUCAGGAGGUGGGUAGCCUGCCUAGCUCUGCCCACCCUGUUCGCUGGCGUGGCUUUGUCAUCACAGACGAGCUCGUAGCAAAGUAUUGCAGGUCGGUUGGGAACAGGCUUUCGCUUUAUAAACCACACUCUGCUCGUCCAACAUAUGCACCGACAGAUCUGCUGUUUGUCAUUAGCACAGAAGGGAUGUUCAACUUGUUCUCGUUGCCUUUGGCUAGCCCAGGGUUCUUAAAUCUGGUCCACAGGUCAAACCAGAUGGAGCUAGCCGACAACUUUGACCUCUUGAAGGUUGGUGAUGUGGUGGACUACGAUAUUUGCAUCGGAGAGCUGUUUAACACAGUUGCUGGCAAGCAGCUGCAGGUGCAAAGCGUUUUCUACAAGGAUGGUGAGGUAUUCGCCAAAACAUACUCGACAUUCAUAUUCCGCGACAUUGUGGUAGACAACGCCAUUGCAUUCAAGCAUGUCGCCGAGCCGGUAUAUCGGCUUGAGAUUAAAUCGCAGCUGGAUGUCGACAUCCUUCGCUCAAAAGAAUGGAUCAUAUUCCACGAGGAACAAACUACCGACAUUGCGCCAGGCAAUGCUCUUGAGUUUGUGAUCAACUCUAAAUAUCGUUACCUGACCGACACUGUAUACUCAUCCAUGAAAUCCACUGGUUCUGUCAGACUGGUGAGACGCAACAGCCAGAGCAUCAGCUUAGAUGUUGCUAGCAUUCAGUUUGAGUGGCUAGAAUCCACUGGUAACCCUGUGGUUGGGUUCUUGGAGCGAGUUGGCCACGUUGUUGACCACGAAAGGCUGUUCGAUCAUGAAGGUGUCCCAAUUAUCCCGGCUGAUAUUGAUGGGCGACUUGUUUCAAAGGCUCCAAACUCCGCACUGGAAUAUGCAGCGGCAGCAGGUGACUUCAACCCAAUCCACACAAAUGCAUACAUUGCCGACCAUGCCGGCCUCCCAUCACCAAUUAUUCACGGGAUGUGGACCUCAGCAUCGACUAGGGCAUUUAUUGAGAGGUAUGCUGCCAACAGCCAGCCAGAGCGUAUCCGUGCCUAUUCGACUGAAUUUGUGGAUAUGGUUCAGCCUGGAGAUCAGCUGCAGACCAAGCUUUUCCAUGUUGGCAUGAAAAAUGGUCGAAUGCUAGUGAAGGGCGAGACGUGCAACCAGCAUGGAAAUGUGGUUCUCACGUGCAUUGCUGAAGUUGAUCAGCCAAGGACAGUAUAUACCUUUGCCGGUUUAGGCUCACAGCAAGUUGGAAUGGGCAUGGAUCUGUAUGCGCAGUCUGAUGCUGCACAUGAUGUCUGGGACCGUGCGGACAAGCACAUGUGCAGCACAUAUGGCGUGUCAUUGUUAGACAUCGUGCGCAACAAUCCCAAGAGACUGGUAGUGAAGUUCUGUGGCAAGAAAGGAUUGAAGGUUCAACAGACAUACCAGUUACUGGCUACUGAAGCCAUCGACGAUAAUGGCGAGGCCAGCAUGGUAGAGUUGUUCCCGCAAGCUAGUGGUGAAGCAGAUGACUACACACACCUGUCAGCAUCGGGGCUGCUGCAUGCAGCGCAGUUCACUCAGCCAGCGCUAGCUGUUUUUGCCAUGGCUAGCAUUGCGCACUUGAAAUCAAAAUCAUUGCUCCAAGAACGGGCAAUGUUCGCUGGUCACUCGCUAGGCGAAUUCUGUGCGCUGGCAGCGCUGAGCGACAUCUUUACUCUUGAGGACAUCAUCGAUAUUACCUUUUACCGAGGGAUGCUUCUUCAUACAUCUGUUGGGCGGGACCAGCAGAGCCGCUCGCAAUAUGGAAUGGCUGCCAUCAAUCCAAGCCGUGUUGGGAAGAGCUUCGAUCAGGAUUCACUGGCAUUUGUUGUCGAGAGUAUCGGAGUGCAAGGUGGCGCUCUACUUGAGCUCAUCAACUACAAUGUUGCUGGCCAUCAGUAUGUAGUCACUGGCCAUCAUUCCAUGCUCAGCGCGCUGCGUGAAGUUCUUGAUACCAUUCACGCGUGCAGGAUCGAUGUUACCUCAGAUGUCGGCAAGUGCGAUGUUGAAAACAUCAUUCGUGGUGUUAUUGCCCAUCCUGAUCGUGACACGCGUCCUGCACGUGGCAGAGCAUCAAUUCCGUUAGAGGGUGUCGAUGUUCCUUCCCAUUCCACUCAGUUGCUUCCUGCGGUUGCGCCAUUCCGUAGAUACCUUAGACAGAAGUUGACGGAGCGCAGUGUAGAUUAUUCGAAGCUUCAAAAUAUCUACAUUCCGAAUGUCACUGCCAAGCCAUUUGAGGUUACAAGGGACUACUUUGAGCUGGUCCAUGAGGUGACAAAAUCGCCUGUGCUGGCAGAGGAACUAGCAAACUGGGGAGAUGGUUGCGAAUUGUCUGAUCCAGAGAUUGCACGGCUCGCACCGACUCUCCUUGUUGAGCUUCUUGCAUACCAGUUCGCCUCCCCUGUUCGUUGGAUAGAAACACAGAGUCUCAUACUUGACAUGGGUGCCAUUAGUCGAUUCAUUGAGAUCAGUCCAACGCCAACAUUGACUGGCAUGGCAAACAAGACACUGGAGUUGCUAGCAAGUAUUGGUACUAAACCAUCGGUACUCCAUAUUCUCCAGGAUGAAGGCGAUAUUUGUUUUGCUUACGAACCCAGCUCUGAGGAAACAAACAUCGGCACUACUCCAGUAGACAAUGCAGAAAAGCUGGCCCCACAGCAAGUGGAUCGAGUCGAAGAACCAGUUCCUCGCUGGCCACCAACAAGCCUGCCCAAGGCUCCAGCUAAAAGUGUCCCAGACAUUCCUCUCCAAACACUUGGCGUACUGCAGGUCCUUAUAGCCCUGAAGAUGAAGAAGUCGGCCAGAGAUAUCCUCCCGACCAAGACCAUCAAGGAGUUGGCCAGAGGUCAAUCAACGUUGCAAAACGAGAUAGUCAAUGAGCUGCAAAAGGAAUUUGGGAGUGCAGUGCCCAACAAGGCGGAGGAGAUGAACCUCACUGACCUCGCAGACAAAAUUGGACUAUUCAGUGGCACUCCUGGGAAGCAGCUAAAUGCCCACCUAGCCCGCUUGUUUGCAACAAAGAUGCCUGGUAGUUACUCCCAAUCUAUGCUCAACGCACAUCUAGAGAGCAGAUACGGUCUUGGUGUCCAGCGGCAGAAUGCAGUUCUUCUCCUUGCACUGACUUUAGCGCCGCCCAGCAGAUUGGGUACUGCCUACGAGGUGAACGAGUGGAUACACACGAUUGCGGAGUUAUAUGCGAAGCACGAGGGCAUUGUAUACUCGGCAGAUACAUCUGAACCUGUUCGCUCUACAGCUUCAGCACUUAGUAGCGCGGAGCUUGACAAGGCACAGCAUCUCCAAAAGCAGCAGCUCUUGCGCCAAAUGGCAGUCCUUGCGCAUAGUGCUGGUGUUGAUCUCCACAAGGACAAGAGAGAGCUCGCUCAAGCCCAAGGCGAGAUUGCUAAACUGCAAGCAGAGAUUGACAAAAUUAGUGGAGAACAGGGAGAUGCAUAUCUGCAAGGGAUUAGCUCCAUCUUCGAUGCUAAAAAGGGUCGGCACUACAACUCGUAUUGGAACUGGGCACGGCAGGAUUUGUUUGAACUAUGGAAUGGUCUUCUUCGGGGAAAUCGCUUCAUCGACUCUGAAAAGCUACACAUGCUCAAGAAUCGGUCAAGCCCUGCACUUUUAAGAUUUGCUGAAGGGCUGCUUGCUAUGCUGAAAAGGCAAGCCGACUAUCAGACGCUUCCAUUCAUUACAGAACUCGUGGAGGUGAUCAAUAGCUGUAAACCAGCUUUAGCGUCUAAACCUCAGUUCAAGGGGGUAGGUGCUAUCACAGGGCCAAGUGUCGAAGUUUUCCAUGAUAGCAUUGUAUCAGCAAACUUUAGAGGGCACGCUGUUGGAGAAAUACUCUAUUCUGAGGUUGCCAGACCCGGUGAAUCCACGUUCAGUCUGUAUUCGGCAAGUAUGGAAAACACACUAGUCGAUGGCAAGCCGCUCCUACAUAUGCGUACGCAGGAGCAAGGUCAGUCAUGGUCGUAUAGUCGUGAACACACUGCUGUCUACUUUGAUGCUAUGAACGACACCUGCUCGAAUGGCAUGUCGUUUGAGGGUAAAACUGUUCUGCUGACGGGAUGCGGUCGAGGAUCCAUUGGCAGCGAGAUACUUAAGGGUCUUCUCUCUGGAGGUGCCAGGGUUGCCGCAACUACAUCUAGUUAUAGUUACAGGACAACAGAGUACUUUGAGGACAUGUAUCGCCAGUAUGGAUCGCGUGGGUCCGAGCUGCAUGUAUUUCCUUUCAAUCAAGGGUCAGUUUCCGAUAUUGACAGUCUAAUCCAGCACAUAUUUGGCGAGGGCGGAUUACAUUGGGACCUUGAUUUUGUCUUGCCGUUCGCCUCCACCUCUAAUAUCGGCAGCGAUGUUACAUCGUUGAAGUCACAUUCCGAGCUUGCACUGCGAAUCAUGAUGACUAAUGUCAUACGCCUAGUGGUUCUUCCGCUUUCGCCUAAUCACGGGCUAUUCGGCGGAGAUGGCUUCUAUGGUGAAAGCAAGGCUAGUUUGGAGACAUUGCUAAACAGGUGGAGAUCGGAAACAUGGUCAGAAUACAUCUCCAUCAUUGGGGCAGUCAUCGGGUGGACGCGUGGUACAGGCAUCAUGGACUCGAAUGAUGUCAUUGCCAGUGAAGUGGAGCGGCUUGGAAUGCGGACAUUCUCGGUCAACGAGAUGGCCUUUAACAUUUUAUGUCUGCUCCACUACAAACUUCGUCGUCUUGCGGUGGAAGCACCACUCUGGGCGGACCUUGCUGGUGGGUUCCAGGCAAUAUCCCACUGCAUGGACAAAGUUUCGGCUAUGCGUGAAGUGCUGGUUGACCAGUCUGUCAAAUGGAGAGCCUUAUUUGCCGACCAUGCCCAUGAAAACAAUAUUCUGUUGGGUGAGCAGACAAGAAAAUUGUGGACUGUGCACAAUUCCGACUUCAAAGCCAAUAGCGGUAUGAAGUUGCCGGUAGUCAAGGCAUACGAGCAGCUGGAGAGACUGCACCACCUGGAAGGAAUGGUAAAUCUUGACAAGGUUGUUGUAGUAACCGGAUAUGGUGAAAUUGGGCCCUACGGCCAUGCGUCCACACGCUGGGAAAUGGAGGCAUAUGGCGAGUUUUCUCUUGAAGGGUGUGUUGAGCUUGCUUGGAUCAUGGGGUUGAUCAGACACCAUGGUGGACCUUUACCAAAUGGUAGCGGCAUACACAUCGGUUGGGUAGACACAAAAACGGGUGAGCCAGUGCGCGACCGUGAUAUCAAGGCAAAGUAUGAAUCCUUUAUUCUCCAGCAUACUGGAAUACGCCUGCUUGAGCCAGAGAAUACACAUGGGAUUAGCUCGGAGAUAUUGCCCGUUUUGCGCGAGAUCCAGGUCACCCAUGACAUGGAGCCCUUUGAAGCAACUGCUGAGGAAGCAGAAAGCUUCAAGCUAUUGAACGGCGACAAAGCCGGUUGGGAUCCGAAGCGAUACGGGAUCCCUGAUGAUUUGGUCAAACUCAUCGAUCCGCUCUCAAUCUAUAGCAUUGUUGCCACCAUCGAGGCACUCCUACGCUCAGGAAUGACUGAUCCGUAUGAAAUCUACCAGUACUUCCAUCUGGCAGACAUUGGAAACACGAUUGGGUCUGGUUUAGGGGGGUUAGAUUCAAUGAAGGACAUGCAUGCAAACUAUACUCUGGACAAAGAUGUAAAAACGGAUGUGUUGCAGGAGACACUUAUAAACACGGUCGCUGCAUGGGUAAACAUGCUUCUGUUGUCUUCGGCAGGACCGAUUAAACCUGCAGUUGGUGCGUGUGCUACAGCUGCACUUUCAUUAGAUGCUGCAGUAGAAGCGAUUCAGCUCGGAAAGGCUAAAAUGGUGGUUGCUGGGGCGUCUGAUACCUACACUCGUGAGAAUGCACUCGGGUUUGCAUCCAUAAACGCCACAGUAGAUGCUACAGUCGAGCUUGCAAACGGGCGCACAUUUAAAGAAAUGUCUCGUCCUUGUGCGGCAACUCGCAAUGGAUUCGUUGAAUCUGCCGGUGCAGGGAUCUUGACACUAAUGUCUGCAAGUGCGGCCAUUGAGUGUGGGGCGCCAAUUUAUGGAGUGCUAGCAAUGACUGCUACCGCCACAGAUAAGGAGGGACGUACUGUACCUGCACCCGGACAGGGACUAUUGACCACAGUGCGUGAAGAUGCGACUAGUAUUCCAUCACCAUUAUUGGACUUUGCAUAUCGGCGCUGUCAGCUUACGAAAAGACUCAACGCCAUCCAGGAAUGGGUCGACGAGCAGUAUGAGGGGCUGGAAAUGGAAAUUGAGAAGCUGAUGGGCACUGAUGCUUCAGUUGCCUAUAAUGCGGACGAGUUUGCUCGCUCCAGGAAAUCAUUCAUCGAGAGCAAAUCCCAGCAGCUUAUUAGGGAUGCGCAUGAUGCAUGGAGUAACGAGUUCUGGAAAAAUGACAGGACAAUUUCACCAUUGCGCGGGUCAUUAGCCAUGUGGGGGUUGACAGUGGAUGAUAUUGGUGUCGUGUCCUUCCAUGCAACUUCUACAAAAGCCAGUGAUAAGAACGAGCCACAUGUCAUUAACCAACAGCUCAAGAAACUGGGCCGCACACCUGGAUAUGCCGUGCCAGCUGUGUGCCAAAAGUACUUGACUGGGCAUUCUAAAGGACCAGCUGCCGCAUGGAUGCUAAAUGGUGUGCUGCAGAGCAUGCAAACAGGCGUCAUUCCAGGCAACCGCAACUUGGAUAAUGUCGAUUCAGACCCCAGGAUCGAUGCUGCGCUUGUGACAUCAUUUGGAUUCGGCCAGGUUGGUGCCGAAAUACUAGUGCUGAACCCAGAUUUUGUACACGCAGUUUUAUCCAAGGAUGUGCUAGACAAGUAUCGUUGCAAGGUUAAGGAGCGCGAGCAGAAAUCUAACCGCUAUUGGCAAGAUGUGCUUAUCGGAAACCAUAUGUUUGCACAAAUCAAGAGCGCUCCGCCAUUCACACCAGACCAAGAGGUGGAUAUCUAUAUGGAUCCGACCGCUCGGGCAAGUGGGGAUUUCUUCUCGCUUUUGCGAUACAUUUUCGUGAGCGUUAAAGGUUGGUUUAUCGGUACAGUAAAUCUCCUAGACAUCUAG